AUGAUCCUGGAAGUGGUGCCCAAUGAACUGAAGGAACCCCUUGCGCUGAAGUGUGGCGAGUUGUUGGACGCCGCGGAAGUGAGCCUCAUUUUUUGGACAGGCGACAAGAUAUACGGCGGCAACCCGCAGUACGCCGACCUGAUAGCGGCGCUGUCGCCGCCGCUGCGGCGUGUCACGGAGCUGAUUACUGCCGCACAGUUAAAGUUUGCCCAACUGCCGCCUCCUUGUCGCGGCGCGAUGGCGACGGUUUACCGCAAGUUCCGGCAGCCGUCUUCUCCGGUGACGCAGUUAAUAGACUGCAGCGGGCGAUUGGCACGACAGGGGGCUGUGAACCGCGCCAUGCGGCUGUCGCCGGCGGCGGCGGCGCUCGCGCUGUCGCUGUGCCUGUGGCCGGAGCCCGCCGCGGGCGCCGAGCUGGACCUGACCGUGGUGCAGACGUCGGAGGGCGCGCUGCGCGGACACAUGAUGACGUCGUUCGGCGGCCGGCUCUUCAUCGCGUUCCGCGGCGUGCCGUACGCGCGCCCCCCCGUCGGCGUGCUGCGCUUCCGGCCGCCGGAGCCGCCCGUGCCCUGGAACGGCAUCCGCUCCGCCAAGUACGAGGGCUCCGUCUGUCCGCAGCUGCUGGUGACGACUGACAUGUUCGCGGGCGACGAGGACUGCCUGUACCUGAACGUGUACACGCACAAGGACGCGAACAAGGUGCCGGUGCUGGUGUGGCUGCACGGCGGCGGAUUCCACGCGGGCGACGGCGGCGUCGAGGAGAACGGGCCCGAGUACCUGAUGGACCAGAACCUGGUGCUCGUCACGCUCAACCACCGCCUCGGCGUGCUCGGCUUCCUCAGCACCGGCGACGCUGAGAUGCCCGGCAACUACGGCCUCAAGGACCAGGUGAUGGCGCUGCAGUGGGUGCAGCGCAACGCGGCCGAGUUCGGCGGCGACCCGUCGCGCGUGACGCUGUACGGCGCCGGCUCGGGCGCGGCGUGCGCGCAGUACCACAUGCUGAGCCCGCUCUCGGCCGGCCUCUUCCACCGCGUCAUCGCGCAGAGCGGCUCCGUGCUCAACCCCUGGGCGCUGCAGCGCAAACCCAUCCGGAACGCGCAGAAGCUGGCGCAGUUGGUAGGCUGCUCGUCGUGGGAGACCUCGCUGCAGAUACGCCACUGCCUGUCGGCGGCGCCGGUCGAGCAGCUGGUGCGCACGCUGUACCACUUCCCGCACUGGGCCGUACGCUUCCCCAUCCCCUGGGCGCCGGUCGUCGAGGUCCAGGGCGACCGCAAGGCCUUCCUGCUCGGCGAGCCCGAGAACCUGCUGCGCGACGGCCGCGUCAACUACGUGCCGCUGAUCGCCGGCAGCUCGCUCGAGGAGCACGCCGCACUUGCCACGCUGGUCGAGUCGCGCCAGGACCUCAAGAACGAGCUGCUCAACGACUUCGACGGCGUCAUCCGCAGGGCGCUGCACCUGCACCACUUGCGGAGCGACCUGCUGCGGCGGCUGCGCGACUUCUACCUGGGCAGCGGCGCGUCGGGCAGCCUGAACCGCCAGGGGCUGGCCGACCUGUUCUCGGACGGGAUGCCCACUUGCUCCGACGUCCGCGCCCGAACACACAAACAGCAGACAGCGACGAGCCCAAAUCUGCCUCCACUCCAGGAAGCAGCAGAGGACGGUGAGGGCGGGCUGGACAGCGCUCCAGGACCAACACGCCAUAGGAGCAGCGAGACCACCCACUCUUCCCAGGGGGAACAUUUGACACUCAUCAGGACACACCAAUACGUGCUGCGGCAGAAGAUCCCGUUCCCGGGCAACCGGCCCAGCGAGGGCGCGAUGACGACGCUGCAGCGGCUGGGUCUGAUGCUGGCCAACUUCGCGGCGACGGGCAACCCGACGCCCACCAAGAGCGACCUGCUGCCCGAGCCCUGGCGGCCGCUGCCCAGGGACGGCUCCGUCGUCUUCUACGUCAUCGGCGACAACGUGACCCUCACGACCGCCACCUCCGCCUUCCUCAAGCGCAUGCAGCUCUGGGACAGUAUCUGCUUCAGCGAGAAGGACGACAAGGUCGAGCUGUGA